CAAAUCUCAAUAUGCCAGAGCCAGCGAAAUCUGCUCCAGCUCCUAAGAAAGGGUCUAAGAAAGCUGUCACUAAGACUCAGAAGAAGGGCGAUAAGAAGCGUAGAAAGACUAGGAAGGAAAGUUACUCUAUCUACGUGUAUAAAGUGCUGAAACAAGUUCACCCAGACACUGGUAUUUCUUCUAAGGCUAUGGGCAUCAUGAACUCCUUUGUGAACGACAUCUUCGAGCGUAUCGCAGGGGAAGCGUCUCGUCUGGCGCAUUACAACAAGCGCUCGACUAUCACUUCCCGGGAGAUUCAGACCGCUGUAAGACUGCUACUGCCGGGCGAGUUAGCCAAACAUGCGGUGUCUGAGGGCACUAAGGCUGUUACCAAGUACACCAGCUCUAAGUAGAUUCUAUCAAAGAACAUAAAACCCAAAGGCUCUUUUAAGAGCCACCCACAUUUUCAAUAACAGAGCUCAAAACACUGCUUUGUUUUCCCUGACUGGGGUAAGUGUGAUUGUUCUAAAAAUGUUACCUCACAGAAAAUACAUGUUUUAAAAAUCUAGAUUAUAUCUUAACUGUUCCUAGGAAACGAACACUAAACAUUUAAAUCUCAAUUCUUAUUUGUAAAGUCUAAAAGUUUUAUUUCGAUCAAAGGUUCUCGCCUCAACUCUUACAUGUAUGCUUGGAGGUAUUAGAAUAAAACAUGAAUGUGCCAGUUUGCAUGCUUAGUAGUCAAAGCACCUUGCUGGGUUUUUACUUAGCC